AUGUCCCUCCUCGCCGACUUCUCUCUCGGCAUCGCCAAAUUCCCCUCCUUCGACACCCUCCCCAGCGCCACUAACCCCUCCGCCUGCCCGGAGCCCCCGCACCCCUGGUUCCUGGUCGGCCAGGUCGCCGAGAACAUGACCAUUACUCAGCCGACCCUCAUCUGCCGGGAUCGCGCGAGCGCUAGCUUCGCCCUGACCUUUGAGGAGCGGGACUUUAGCCUCGCCUCCUUCAAGAAGGGGCACACUGUCGUGGUCAAGGGUGCGCGGCGGACCGAGGGCAAGGAGGAGGGCAAGAGGGGUUCGUGA